UGGGUUUCUUGUCUUGGGGACUUUUGUAUGCAGUGGAUCCAGUUUGUCUGUCAUGCCUCUGCACCCCAAGCUGAGAGCGGUGGAAUAAAGAGGCUGGCGGGUGCAGAGGCCCGGCGUAAACUGGAGUGUCUCUCGUUUGUCUAUUCAUUCAUCUUCUAAACAGUGCAAGAGGAAAGGUUGUAUGCUUAUGGUUUUACUGAAGCAGGUGAAGGAAUAUUUUUAUGAGGCAUAUCAUUGCAAAGAUGGGCCAGGACCAAACAAAGCAGCAAAUUGAAAAAGGGCUUAAGCUUUACCAGUCAAAUGAGACAGACAAAGCUUUACAUGUCUGGACAAAGGUUCUGGAAAAGACUUCUGAUCCUGGGGGGAAGUUCAGGGCUUUGGGUUGCCUCAUUACAGCCCAUUCAGAGAUGGGGAAAUACAAAGAGAUGCUAAAGUAUGCCCUAGCCCAGAUUGACACAGCACGAGAGAUGGAGGACCCAGAUUACCUAACCGAAGGCUAUCUGAACCUAGCCCGCAGCAACGAGAAGCUCUGUGACUUCCAGAAGACCAUAUCAUACUGCAAGACCUGUUUAAACAUGCAAGGAACCACUGUAAGCCUGCAGCUCAAUGGCCAAGUUUGUUUGAGCAUGGGCAAUGCCUUCCUGGGUCUCAGCGUUUUCCAGAAAGCGCUGGAGAGUUACGAGAAGGCCCUGCGGUAUGCACACAACAACGACGACAAGAUGCUAGAGUGCCGGGUGUGCUGCAGCUUAGGCAACUUCUACAUUCAGCUAAAGGAUUAUGAGAAGUCCCUGUUCUUUCCAUGCAAAGCAGCCGAGCUCGUCAAUGACUAUGGGAAGGGCUGGAGCCUAAAGUACCGUGCCAUGAGCCAGUACCACAUGUCAGUGGCCUACAGGAAGCUGGAGCGCCUGCCGGAUGCCAUGGAAUGCUGCGAGGAAUCAAUGAAGAUUGCUCUACAGCAUGGAGAUCGUCCACUGCAGGCCUUGUGCCUCCUGAACUUUGCCGAUAUUCAUCGCUGCCGAAAUGAUGUCGACAAAGCAUUCCCUCGCUACGAGUCUUCAAUGUGUAUUAUGACGGAGACUGGAAACCGCCUGGGACAAGCAUCCAUCUACUUAGGAGUGGGGAAGUGCUGGCUAGUGCAGAAAGAACUUGACAAGGCACUGGAUUCUUUUCAGCGAGCGUAUGAACUAGCAGAAGCAACAGGAAAUAAGCUGUGUUCUCUGAAGGUGCACUGCCUGACGGAGGGCAUCUACCGCACCAAAGAGCAGCAGGAUGAGCUGCGGGAGCAGGUGGUGAAGUUCCUGCAGUGUGUAGAGGAGCUGGAGCUCUACUGCGGCAUGUGUGGCGAGUCCAUCGGUGAGAAGAACCAGCAGCUGCAGGCUUUACCCUGCUCCCACAUUUUCCACCUUAAGUGCCUGCAGACAAAUGGGACCCAAGGGUGCCCAAAAUGCCGCCGUUCUUCUAUGAAGCCAGGCUUUGUAUGA